AUGCUCCUGUUCGUUCUGCACAUCACUAUUGCUUUUGCCAUUUUCGCCUCUUUUUUUACCUCUGCCAUGGCGUCUCUUUGGCCCUACGACUGCCCAACACACGUCGAUGCCUUCGUCCCGGGCUAUUGGUCGCCCGACGACGAGAAGCCUGACCCACGACAGCCCCCGCUUCAUUCAAUGCAGCAAAUCCACAAUGUUAUGAUCAACUGCGCAGACGUCAAGAGUCUUAAGCUGCGCGUCACUAUCCUUGGCUGCUCGGGCGAGCCAGAUCGAUUCAACUUUCCCUUCAAGUUUCCUGGGGGAUCACACUAUCCAUCAAAGCUCGAGGUUCUUCACCUCGAUGGCUACGAAUUCGACGAGCGGGUCUGGACGCGGGUGCAGCCACCCAAUGAGCUUUUCCCCUAUUAUCCUGACAGUUGGCUUCCGGAUGGUAUCGAGGACUAUGUGCGUUGGUACUUUUCUGACCGGGCAACUAAAUACUACGAAUGGCGCUAUCUCCCGGAUGAGCAAAAGAACAAAACGAACCUCGACCUUUGGAUUGACGCCAUGGACUUCUCCAGUAUCCGGGAACUGGGUCUCCGAGACAUUCGAGGCGGUGAGGUAGCCGUGAUACGGUUACCACCGUUGCUGGAGUCUCUGAAAACACUCAGUAUCCGAGAUCAUUUGGCGCGCGACUUCAUUCUUGCUCUUCCUCCGAACUCGUUGGAGCAUCUAACAUGGGUCUCUGGCUGCCACUGCACAGCCGGCGAAUCAACAUUAGACGCUGUCCUCUAUCAUGGAAAGUCGCUACUCAGUCUCGAGCGACGGGAGCCUGAGAGCUCCUAUAAUCGACGUGCAGUUAUGAGCGCUGGACAGCUUGCAUCUCUUGGGGACAAGGCGCCGAACUUGCAAAAUCUGACAAUCGACCUCAAUCGAAAUGGUGCCUGGCCCAUGGAGGAACUCGAGGCCAUUGCCACGCACUUUCCAAAUCUGACCAAGUUGACCGUCUACUUGGAGCUGGCUAGCGAACAACGGCGGCAACUGGAAUCGGCCAAGUUAUUACCAGACUACUCGACGGCAAACGAUGAGAUAAUGUCGAACGAUUUGGACAACAUGGCACGGCCUUUACUGAACAAGACGGCAGGGGCCGAACUAUUCCAAUUUCUUCGCCAGAAGAAGGUUGGGAAGGAACUGACUGAGCUCGUCAACAUGCUUCAGUCCACGGUCAGCCUUCUGGCCCUCGCCUCUGCGGCGUCGGCUGCCUUCACGGGCAACAUGAACUACCUGUCUCCUUCCAAGCAUCAUGCGUCGCUGGGUAUUUCUAUCCGCAAAGUGGCCAAGCGCACCUACGCCAACUCUCACUGGGAUCCGGCAAAGCUUAACUUCACGCAUGGUGUGGCUUCCGGGGACCCUCUCGACGAUAGCGUCAUUCUCUGGACUCGCGCCGCCCCGAAUAUGGAUAAUGAUAAGAGCAAUGUCACCGUAUCCGGUUACGUCCCUCUCUACGACCACAGCACCGAGGGCUAUGUGCAGAAGAGCGACUCACCGGUCUGUGUCGACUGGAAGAUUGCCACCACCGACACGUUUGGUUCUGUCGUGGACUCAGGCACUGCUUACACGAGCUCAGACGUGGACUUCACUAUCAAGGUCGAAGCAAAGAAACUGGCCCCGUAUACUGUUUAUUACUACCAAUUCGCCAUCUGCAACUCAAACAAUACAUCUCCUAUCGGGCGCACAAAGACCAUCCCAUCGAAGGAUGCCAAAGUCGACACCCCCGUGAGGAUUGCAGUCUACUCGUGUAGCAACUUUCCUUUUGGUUUCUUCAACGCCUAUGGCAAUCCCGUGAGAAAAGAGUCUGUCGACUACGUGGUUCAUUUGGGUGAUUACAUUUAUGAAUAUGCAGAAGGCGAGUACGGCUAUGGCUAUUCACUUGAUCGCAUCCCGCUUCCCGACCGCCAGAUCUAUACCCUGUACGACUACCGCAAGCGUCUCGCCACUUACAGGACCGACUUGGACUUGCUGGCUAGUCAUCAGCAAUUUCCCUGGAUCCCAGUGUGGGACGACCACGAGGUCUCGGAUAACACGUGGCGCGACGGUGCUUCAGAACUCAACAACACCGAAGACUCCUUCAUCAUGGACGGAGGUGUCUCAGUUGACCAGCGAAAAAUGAACGCUGUUCGUGCUUACUUUGAGUGGAUGCCCAUCCGCCAGGUUGACAUGGACGACAACCUCCGGAUCUGGAGAGACUUCAGUUUUGGCAGUCUCUUCGACCUGAUCAUGCUUGACACCCGUCAGUACGACCGCGCCAUCACGGAUGUUUACUGGAAUACCAACUACGUGAAUUCCAUCAAGAACGAAGCCAGCCGGUCCUUGAUGGGACCUCGCCAGGAGGCCUGGUUCUACAAGACCCUCCAGGACAGCUCUACCCGAGGUGCUCAGUGGCGUGUCAUUGGCAAUCAGAUCAUCUUCAGCCGGAUGAACGAGAGCCUCUCUUUCGGUGCCGAGAACCCAUUCAAUACCGAUCAGUGGGACGGAUACCAGGCGAACCGCAAUCGCACGUUUCAGGUCUUGUACGAGAAGAAUGUCAGCAACAACAUCUUUCUUGCCGGCGACUCGCACGCAUCUUGGGUAUCAGAUCUUGUCUGGCUUGGCGAGCAUGAUUACGACCAGAACACCGGAUCUGGCUCGGUCGGUGUUGAGUUCGCAGGCUCUGCAGUCAGUUCUCCCUGCCCAGCUGGCCAAAACAUUUCGCUCGCAAACGCAAAUGUCGGAUCCGCCUGGUUGACGGCAGCCAAUCGCGAGCUUCAAUGGCAAGAUCUCUACUACCGAGGAUACUACGAGCUUAGCAUUGACUACAAUGCCGUGAACGCUUCUUUCUUCGGUAUUCCCACAACCAGAAUCAAGCAAGGACACGAGAUCUCGCUCGCCAACUUCACCGUCGUGGCGGGUGAGAACAAACUUCAUCGACAGAACGGUACCGCCGCGGUCGGUGGUAUCACGGAGAGUGGUAGCUUGAAGAACGGCAGGGUGGUGCAAACUAAUCUUACGCACGACACAACUACCGGGGAAUAUCUGAAGUACAACGCGCCCUAA